AUGAACCCGAGAAACCUCAGCGGCAAGCUGGCGGCGGAGGAUGGCGUUCGUCCUGAGACGGGCCAGAGCCAGCCGCAGCAGCACGAGCCGGAGCACGGCGGCGAUGGCGGCGACGGCGAGAUGGUGCAUUUCAGCCACCCGGAGCACCGGCUGGCCCGGUUCGACUUCCCGUACCUCUUCCUGUGCAUGGGCUGCAAGGAGUACGGCGCCGGCAAGCGGUUCAUGUGCCAGAUCUGCGGCUUCCAGCUGCACGAGUUCUGCGCCCUGGCUCCCCCCUCGCUCCACGACCACCCCUUCCACCCCAAGCACCAGCACCUCCUCUUCUUCGAGAAGCCAGGUAAUGGCGACGAACCAUCCUCAGGCGGGUUUCUCCGGUGCAAGUGCGACAUCUGCGGCAAGCCGGUCAAGGGCUUCUCGUACCGGUGCGCGUGCUGCAGCUUCGACGUGCACCCAUGCUGCGCGGCCAUGACGCGCCGGAUGGAGCUCCCGGCGCACGCCCACCCGCUGCUGCUGGCGCCGGACUCGGGCGCGGGCGCCGGCGUGGCCACGAGCUUCGUGUGCCAGGUGUGCCGGAGGCGGCGGUCGGGGCGCGUCUACCAGUGCAUGCCGUGCGGGUACUACCUGCACGCCAAGUGCGCCAAGGACAUGGUGAACGGGCUCUACGAGCAUGGCGUGGUGCCGCCGGAGAAGAGCAACCCGCUCGUCGCCGUGGCCAAGGUCACCAUCAACGCGCUCUUCAGCGUCAUCGGCGGCCUCAUCGAGGGCAUCGGCGAGGGGAUCGGGGAGGGCUUCGUGGAGAACAUCGGCAGGAGCAGAGGCAGAAGCUUCAGAUGA